UUUGGUGUUUUGAAUAUUUUUUAGCUAUUUAGACAUUUACUUUUGACUAUUUAAGUAUAUUUUAAGUAUUUUAGACAACUUUAAAGUAUCUUAUAUAUUUUGGAUGUUUUUAAUAUAUAUUAAAUAUAAAAAUAAGUAAUAUAUUUAGGUAUAUAAAUCUAUUUCGGUUACAUUCGGGUAUCCGAGAUAUUUCGGUUCGGGUCGGGUUCGGUUUCGGUUCUUUAGAUACCAAAAUUUUGAACCCGUUCGGAUAUUUAAACAAUUUCGGUUUGGAUUUGGUAUUACUUUUUCGGAUCGGGUUCGGUUCGGUUCUUCGGAUCCGGAUUUUUUGCCCAGCCCUAGGAAGAUAUGUGGAAUCAUUGUCUCAAAUUUUAGUUUUAGGCAAUAAAAUAAACCAAAAUUAUUUUUUGGUAUUUAAGUUUUAAAAAUACAUAUGUAUUUUAAAAACUUUAGGUUGAGAACCCCAUUGAAAUUGCUUAAAUACGCAAAAAUUAGUUAUACGCAAAAAUUAGGGAUCAUCGAAUUGGUUCAAGAAAAAAAAUCAAAUGAUCGGUUUUAAUUAUGUUAAAGCGUACUUUGAUUUAUAUGUAAGAGUUAUACAUAGUGGUUGGAACCGAAAGUAACUAGAAGCUCGGAUCCAAAUCUUGUGAAAUGUAAUACUACUUGAUAAAAGAGGACGACUUAUAAUCCUAAUAUGUAUUGUUACCGACAAUAACACUAACAUAAAGUUAGGUCGGCUAUUGACAUUGCCCUCGAACUGAAACAUCAUAACAGUAUACCAUCGCAUUUGUUUUGUCUUUUACAGAACAAAAAUCUACAGUCAUCAUAUUAUCAAACCAUGCCUUCACCGUCACAAAAGGUAUUUUCUUUAAUCUCUCUUUGUUUUCUUUUUCUUGUUUGCCUUCAGCUUUAUCUUGAAAAAUGAUCAACAUGCAAUAUCUUUCUCUGUAUCUCCGUAAUUUACUUCUCCAGAUUCUUUCUUUUGUCUCCCUGAGAAAUUAGAAUCCAUCAAUUCUUUCUUCAGUCGUCGACAUCUUAUUUUGUUUUUCUUUGUUUUUUUGCUUUCCUCGAGGAAAAAUCACUACACCAACCCUCUUAUCUAUAUACAUACUUUAGUAUAUUAUUUUCAGCGCAUAUAUAUUUAUAUUUUACGUAUAUUAUAGUAUAUAAUAUGUCGAAGAGAGCCGUGUUUGAAUAGUGUUUUUGAUGCUCUUGCUUUACUCCUUUCUCUCCCUUGUUUCAUUCAUUACUUCACAUGAAGAUCUGGAUCUGGUCCAGACAAAUUUCACCGACCCUCUUUCACAUAUGUAGACCCUCCCUUUCUCUCACUAUUCAGUAGGGUUUUGUGUUCUCUUGUCGUCUUCUUGUUUUGUCCGUAACAUUGAUGCAAGUUUAAUCAAUUCCAGUAUUUGAAACACUCUCAGUGACAAACCACUUCAUCACUUACAUUUUCUGCCCAUACUUUUGUCUUUGUCUCUCUCUAUAAACAAAAAAAAAAUCCAAAAACCAAACAGCAGUUUCUUGUUAUUAUUAUCGAUGUCUGGUUAUAUGCACCCUCUUCUAGGGCAAGAACUGCACCUACAGAGACCUGAAGAUUCCAGAACCCCACCCGACCAUAAUAACAUGGAACUCAACAGAUCUGAAGCAGAUGAAGCAAAGGGAGAAACCACUCCCACCGGUGGAGGAGCAGCCAACUCAGCAACCGCCUCUGGCUCUUCCUCGGGACGCCGUCCACGUGGCCGUCCUGCUGGUUCCAAAAACAAACCCAAACCUCCCACUAUUAUCACCAGAGAUAGUCCUAACGUCCUUAGAUCCCACGUUCUUGAAGUUACCUCCGGCUCGGACAUAUCCGAAGCUGUUUCUACUUACGCCACUCGUCGUGGCUGCGGAGUUUGCGUUUUAAGCGCUACAGGUGCGGUCACUAACGUCACCAUACGGCAACCGGCGGCUCCUACGGGUGGCGGUGUGAUUACACUGCAUGGUCGGUUUGAGAUUUUGUCUUUGACAGGGACUGCGCUUCCACCGCCAGCUCCACCGGGAGCGGGAGGUUUGACAGUGUAUCUAGCCGGAGGUCAAGGACAGGUUGUCGGAGGGAAUGUGGCUGGUUCUUUGAUAGCUUCGGGCCCAGUAGUCUUGAUGGCUGCGUCCUUUGCAAACGCAGUUUAUGAUAGGUUACCGAUGGAAGAGGAAGAAACUCCACCGCCAAGAACCACUGGAGUACAGCAGCCGCAGCCGGCGGCGUCUCAGUCGUCGGAGGUUACGAGGAGUGAGGCCCAAAUGGGUGAGUCGAACAUGGGAGGUAGAAACGGAGGAGUUGCUUUCUAUAAUCUUGGAAUGAAUAUGAACAAUUUUCAAUUCUCUGGAGGCGAUAUUUUUGGUCUAAGCGGCGGAGGUGGUGGAGGCGGCGGAGGAGAUGGUGGAGGUGUUACUAGACCUGCGUUUUAACGUUUUAGCUAGUGACACUUUCUUUUGCGUUUGAGUUUGAUCUCAAAGUACUAGCUAUGGCAGUUGCGAAUACUAGCUAGGGUUUGUUUGUUUUUUUUUUUCCUUCAAAAUCUGGUGUGAAAUGAUAACGAAAGCUUAAAUUUCUUCUUUCUUUGCUGUUUACUUUGAAUAUAAUGUGUAAUCGUUUUUAAAAAGAAGAGAGUAUUAUUUUGUGACAUAGUUUGGAUUGAUUAAUUGUUAUAACUAAAUUUUAUAUAUAAAUUAAUGUUUCAUUA